UGGAUCAUCUGGAUCACUUUCCCGUGGAACGGACGGUUAACAGAUUGAAGAAGAAAGAUGGCACAAAAUGGUCAAGCCACUCCUAAACGUUCGGGAAUGGCGGCAGACAUCGAUCAGUUUACGGGCUAUAAUCCAAAGUGUCCGGACUGCUUAUGGAACAACAAAAAGGUUGAUAAGAAAUUCCCUUGCUACACUUGUAUUCACAAGCUGGAAGACCCACAUGCCGUCACGCUUGUUGGGAUCAUGGAAGCCAAACGUGGGAACUUGGACGUUUUUCGAAAUCUCAUAAGCACAAGAAAUUACGGCAGCAUCCCAGUAGAAGAGCGAAUGCUAUUCGAAGAUCGUUAUCGAGAAGCGAUCCGGAACAAUGAACCUGGUUGGGAUGACACCUUGGAGCCGUUGAAAUGUCCACAAACAGACGCAUAUCGGAAGAAGUUCGAAGAAGACCAAGCGAAGAUGCGAGCUCAGCAGAUGGAAGACGAAAUCCGCGCGAAGAUUAAUGCGGAAAAUAAGAGAGCAAGUGAACAGGCUGCACGAGAGGGGUUGCCCAGUACGUCGAGUUCAACCGGACCCACAGCCAGCCUAAACGAAGAAGAAGUGCAGCUGACACGUCAGUCCCUCAUCAUACAAAUCGAAACGCUAACGAAAGAUCCAGCUGCUAUGCCAGACGAGUUAUUCAAAAUGCUGUUGCGGGAGAAGAAACGACUGCAAGACGGGUUCGCGCCGGCACCAUACAUAAAGAAGGAAGUCGAAAGACGUAUGGAUGAACUACGUAAAUCUCGCCGAACCGAAAGCGAUGUGCUGCAAGCACUCAGAAGUUUUAAACGGGACGAAGGCUUCAUACGACCACGGUCGCCUCCGCAUAGAGAAAGGUCACGCGGACAUUCACGUGAACAUGAACGGAUUUCUGAAAGACGGAGCGAAAGGUCACGUGAACACUCUCGUGAAAGGACACGUGACUACCACAGUGAAAGGUCACGCGAACGUUCUCAUGAUAGAGAUUACCGUGGCGGAAGAGGAUGGGUGCGCCAUGGAAACGAAAUAACAGAAAUGAGUAUUCAGAGGAAAAUCGAUACGGCAAAGAUUUUGGCGGCGACGAGAGAACGUGAAGAAAAACGGCGUGCGGAGACAUUCCGUACAGAACCUGAAAAGCAAGGGCAUCAGGUGCCAAUGGGAGUUGCAUUCCGGAAUCGCAAUGUCAGAAUGUCAACACUCGAAAGGUCAUGGGACAAAAGACGCGAACAAACGCGGAAUCGAACACCCGACCCACAGGAUAAAAGAUGGCAACAGAGGGCUGCAUUUUAUGCGACCUUUGAUUCGGGCGCAAGCAAAAGGUCAUCAAGCGCGGAACGGGAAGAUUCACCCCCAAAGUAUCAGCGAAUGGAGUCAACAGUCCAUGUGGUGGAUCCAAUUGUAAGCACCGUUCAAGAAGACGAUGCGAUGGAAGGAACUAGCUCAGUUGUGGAAACCGCAUCUCAAGAGAAUGUGACCCAUCGACGAAAUGUGAUUCUGGAUAGUGACCUUCAACCGGCUACACCGGCGAGUAAUGAAGCCUGAGUCAGGAGAGAGACGUGAACUAGAAGGUCAACGUGAACCGGAUAAUCAUCGCCAGGCUGAACAGCGACAGAACUCCAGAUUCGAUAACCGACAGCCGGAUACCAUCGAUAUGGAAUGAUAUUGACGAGCAAACGGUUGAAAUUUGUCGGUACUUCGGAAUAGAGUCGGACUCAGCCGAAGCUAACAAGAUUGGUACGAUGCUGAAUCAGCUGCGCCAAUUCUUACUUGACUCAGGAUAUGCGAGAGAGAUUAAACAGGG